AUGAUCGAAAUGAUUCCUCGUCGGACAGCAUUGAAGCCAUAUGCGGCGGAAUUUCUCGGGACCGCCCUCCUAAUUGUCAUCGGGGACGGAGUUGUCGCCCAAUGUCUGCUGUCCGAGUACCAAUACGGCACCUGGCUAUCCAUCAACCUCGCGUGGGCCUCUGCCGUCUCUCUCUCUGGCUAUUUGGCUGAUCCCAGCCCGACGAUCAAUCCGGCGGUAACUCUGUGCCUUGCACUAGUGCGUCCAUCCGAAGGACAGUGGAAACAAAUCCCAGGCAAGCUAGUCGCGCAGUUCCUGGGCGGGUUUGUCGGCGCUGCCAUCGUGUAUAUCAACUACCGUUCGGCGAUCAAAGCAUGGGAUCCUGAAUACACUAUUCCGGGAGGUUCAAUCCUGAGCCCGGUGGGCCAUCAUUCAGCGGGCAUCUUUUCGACUUACCCAGGCUCCUACUUCGAGUCGAACUGGGAGGCUGUAUUUUCCGAGGUGCUGGGCUCAGCUGUGCUGAUGUUCGGCUGUCUCAGCAUCUCUGAUCCGGCAAAUGCUCGUCGAUUCCCUGCCCCACAGUUCGCUAUGUUUAUGCUGCUGCUUAUGAUUGGAGCCGCAUUAGGCUGGCAGACUGGCUAUGCCCUUAACCCAGCUAGAGACUUCGGCCCCAGAUUGUUCUCUGCUAUCAUCUAUGGCCGAGAGGUGUUUACCGCGGCUAACUGGUACUUUGUUGUUCCCCUGUUCGCCCCUAUUAUUGGUUGUGUUAUAGGCGCAGCAACUUACGAUGGGAUGCUGUUCGAAGGAGAGGGAUCGCGUAUUGCCGAUGCGGUGGACAAAGUCGAUGGUUACGAGUAUCAUCUACUAGAGUGA